UUGAAUUUGGCGCCGUUGCUAUGGAAACUACCCGUGUUGAUGUUUUGUCGAUAGUUCAAAAUCUGAAUCUUAAAAUCAGCUAAAAACUGAAAAACAAAUUUAUUCAAAAUGGAAGUAAUGGAAGACGGAAAUUUGAUGGAUAAGGUUCACAUUUUGAUACAACGUGACAUGGAAUAUUAUACGAAUAAACAAACAAUUUUGCAAGUUACUAUUUGUCCUGGUGUUAUUGGUGGCAGACUAGAUUUUCCGAGAUCAGCAUCUUUUGCUUCAAUGAAGCUUGUUUUAUGGUGGGAAGAAGAAUAUGUGGCAGCUUAUCGAAAGCCCUCAGGAUUUUUACAAAAACAAGAUGAUUUAUCAAAUGAAGAGAAUAAUUCUGGUUUUGGUUGUGGAGGCAUUGUUAAGGCUUCAGAUCCCGUUAAAUUUGUUUCUCUAAUUAGUAAAUCUGCUGAUCAAUUAUUAGAUCAUCUUCAUAUUCUUACACAAGAAGCUCUUGAUCAUGCUGACUUGACUGUACUAACAGGAACUAUUGGUGCCACAGCUUUAUUAAAAAAUUGCUUGUGGUUUUAUAUACAAUCGAUUAAUGAUAACAAGAACAGUCAAACAGAACAGUUGCAAACAGGGUAUAAAAAAUAUCAUGAAAUGUGUGAAGCUUUGGCAGAGAGACUGCUGGAUUUACAUUGUCGAUUAUUGUCACUGUAUAUAUUACAAGAUGCAGAAUGUUUAGACUGGGAAAACAAUAAACCUUUUAGUGAAUCAGAAAGAGGAUCUUACAUAAUUCAAAUGUGGUGGUUAUAUAUGCAAGGAACUAAAGAUGAUUUAUGGAAUACUGUGCCACCCAAAAUGGCGCAAAGAAUAUUUUCUGGAAUGUUAAAUGAAUCAUUAACAAUUUUAACAGUCAGAUAUACUCAGAGUACUCCUUCAGAAGAACGUAGUCAGUUAUUAAUAGUUGAUUUAAGUAAUUUAUUAUUAUGUGUUGCACAACUUCUCCCAGCAAUUUGUGAUACAGGGGAGGAAUUAUUGGGAUUUUCAUUAAACACUAAGAGUAAAAUCUUGAGAGAUGUACACACAAAAUGUCAGCAAUUACUGAAUUGUCUCAUAUUAAGAGGAGCACCAUUAGAUACUUUAUAUAAGACUUUCAGAAAUGGUAAAGAAAAUGUCGAAAUAUUUAAGUCUAGAAAUAAUGGCCCUUUGCCUUGGAUAAUAUUUGCGCUCCCAAAUGUAUUUCAACAACCACCUAAAAACAUUACCGCAAUGACAGCAAUUUCUUCAGAAAUAGCAAUAGCUUUGGAGCUAAUGGUUUUGUUGGCACAACCUCAACCAAACUGGGCCCUAUUACUCAAAGUUUUAGGUAUGCGCAAUUGUAAGGUUUUGAAGCUAAUUCUGGACUAUUCCUUGAAGAUAAAUACAACAGAGGUUCAAAAAACUGUCUCAAAGAUUGAAUCAUGCGGUUCAUUCUUGUGUAACAGUGAUGGUAUUUGUAAAAGUGCAGAUAUGUCGACUAUAAUUAUGAACCCCAGUCACUACUAUGAUUUAAUAAUGUCAACAAUAAACGUGCUUCUUCAUAUUGGCAAUAACACCGAUUUUUCCGACAUAAUGCUUUCCUCUGUUAUUAAAACUGAAAACUGGUCCAAGUGCUUUGAAAGAAGACAUGUAUGGAAUCAGAUUCGACCAGCGUGGUACGAAGCAAUACUUAAUCUGGCUUCACCCAUGCUACCAACAAUUUGUGAUAUUGUAAUAAACGCAGCGAAAACUGGUGCGAGCAUGUAUCAGGCUAUGUCUAUCAUAGUUACUUGUUUUAGUCAAUUUUGGGAUUGUACGCAUCCCGCUUUGACAAAAAUAGCGUUGCUUAUACAAGAUUUAUUGCCCGCUAAUACUGUUCCUUUACACCACUCAUCUGUCGUACAGAUUCUGGUCAGUGCGCUUUAUACUGCGUUACUUCAGAAGAGUGAAGACACCAAAAAAGAAGUAAAGUUCAAAGAGGAAGGGGAAGAGAUAUCUGAACCUCAAACUUCGAUUCAAAAGAAUUCAAUAACAAGUUUCGAUGCCACAUUAAAUUCUGAUCAGUCCGUGGCUCUCGCAAUAGCAGAGUCUCUUUGUAGCAUAGAUGAAGAUAAUAAGCACACGGAUCAAAUUGACGAUUUUUUGCAACAGGUCAAAGAUAAUCAGGACAAUUUUGACUUUGAAUCAAGUGGAGCCGCUAGGGUUGAGGGGACCCUUCAAAUGACGGAGGUUUUAGUUAGUAAUUUACUGCUCACAUCAUAUGGCAAACAGAGUUUAAAGUCUUUGCAUCAUUUCAUAAAAAGCAAUAGUGAAUGGAUAUAUCAACAACUUAAGGUCAGUGAAAAUACUGAAGAUUAUGCUCCUAAUAAAGUAAAACCAUUGAGCAAACCUCUUCUUCACACCAUGUUUCACAUUGGUUACAGACAGUUUGAUCAGUUAUUAGUUGGAAAUUGGGAACCUCAUUGGCAAUCAUUACUGCAAACACCGUCAGGACUGAGUCCUGAAAGUUCAUGGUAUCAAAUCUCACAACGAUGGGAAUUUCGAGAUGUAACAUCAACCAAAUUAUCCGCCCAUGACGUCCAGAUUAUUACAAAAAUAACGUCGUUGUUUAAAUAAAAUGUUUUGUUAUAAUUAGUAAUUAAGUACACAAAUAUUGAUAAAUACUUGUAGGUUUCUAAAUUAUUAUUUUUUAAAAUGUGUUUUAGUAUUUAUUUGAAACAUUAAACACACCUAAGUA